GCCCCACCAGGCAGAGACCCAAUUCAUCAAACCUUCUUCCUCUUUGGGCCUGCUCUCCUUCCCACUUGGGCCUUCUCUCUCUCUCUCUCAUGGCGGCGGCGUCGACGCCGCAGGGGGUGGCGGAGCGGCGGGGCAUCCCGGCGGCGGCCUUCGUGGAGGACGUCGAGGCCUACCUCCGCCAGGCCGGGCUCGACGUCAGCUCUGCCCUCGCCUUCCUCCAGGAAAGGCUACAGCAGUACAAGAUAGUGGAGAUGAAACUUCUAGCACAACAGAGAGAUCUUCAGGCAAAAAUUCCAGAUAUAGAGAAGUGCUUGGACAUUGUUGCAACAUUACAAGCUAAAAAGGCUUUCGGUGAGGCGCUCAUAGCUGAUUUUGAACUAUCCGAGGGAAUCUACUCACGUGCAAAAAUUGAGGAUACCGACUCAGUGUGCCUAUGGUUAGGUGCCAAUGUGAUGCUGGAAUAUUCCUGCGAUGAGGCCAAUACCCUCUUGAAAAAGAAUUUGGAAAAUGCCAAGUCCAGUUUAGAAGUCCUUGUUGCUGAUCUUCAGUUCUUGCGAGACCAACAAACCAUCACUCAGGUUACAAUUGCUCGGGUAUUCAACUGGGAUGUGCACCAACGAAGAAGCAAACAGGCUGUAAAGGAAUCUUGAUCAGCUAUUUCAUGGGAUCAGGCAAUGAGAUUGGGACAAUUUUUGUACCUUUUGCUACCUCUGGCAGAUUGGUCCAUCAGUGUUGUUGAUGUUGCUUUCGCUGUGUAACAAUGUAUCAAUUUAUUCUGUUUACUGGUUUGGAACUCUUGAGUAGAAGAUGGUAUUUCACUUCAGUUUUCACUA